AUGUCUCAGAAGAGGAAAGAGAAGGCUGGCCCAGACAAAAAGGAGAAGGCAUCAGCGAAGAAAAAGGACAAGGAGACGACAGCACAGGCAGACAAGAAGGAGAAAAGCAGCUCUGGUCCUAAAGAUCCCCUCCCACCUGACAUCACACCCCUUAAGCCAGCAUUGAGGAGGAACGGCAGCAGCUCUCCCGAAGGCACCGGAGGACAGCAGUGUUCACCGACUCCUGAGGGUAAUCCCACCGAGUCAGGGGGUAGACGACUACGCAAAAGCUCAUCCACAGAGAGCCACCAGAGUCGUAGCUCAAGAGGCCGAACUGCCAAGCAGGACAGCGAUCUAUCUUUGACCACCAAGAUGUACUCACCGAUUCUCAAUAACCUCUUUGGACAGGAACGUGAACUGGUCCCGGAAGAGCUGGAUGAGUUGCACAUUGCAUUUAUGGAGUUUGACACGGACCAGGAUGGCUACAUCAGCUACAAGGACCUUGGAGGAUGCAUGCGCACUAUGGGCUACAUGCCCACAGAGAUGGAGCUGAUUGAGAUAUCGCAGCAAAUUAAAAUGAGGUUGGGAGGCCGAGUUGACUUUGAUGACUUUGUUGAGUUGAUGGGUCCUCGCAUGCUGGCAGAGACAGCUCACAUGGUGGGAGUGCGGGAGCUGAAGUAUGCUUUUCGAGAGUUUGAUGUUGACAAUGAUGGACAGAUCAGCAUAGCAGAGCUGCGGGAUGCUGCGAAACACCUGCUAGGUGAGCAGCUAAGUGGGAAGGAGGUGGACGAGAUCCUGCAGGACAUUGACCUGAAUGGAGAUGGAUAUGUGGACUUUGAUGAGUUUGUCAUGAUGUUGUCCACUCGGUAACAGUUUCUUCACAUUGGUGUCUCCUUUCUGGACUGUUGUUUGCCGAUGGGAACAAACUGCUUCACAAUUACCUCAAUUACCUGGAGAGACCAUCCUGCUCACUGAUGCCCCUCAGUCCACCAUACAAAGCAGCAAGGUGACAGGUGGAUUUCGUUCCCAAACUCUACGCUUUUCAUAGCCUUCCACUAUCAUUCAGAACGCUUUGUGUUUGCUAAACAUGUGAACCAUGUCUCCAAAUCUUUAUGCACUCCUGAUAACAGAGAAAUAACACGACUGGCCACCAGGGAGUGCUCCAGCUCCCCAACCACCCAACACAGAGGCUCGGACACAAGUUUAAUAGCAAAAGAGUCUUUAUUGUGGGAAACUCUUCCUCAGAUAAGCGAUUCCCACCACCAAAGCACAGCACAGUUAAGCACAGCACACAGCAAUAAUAAAAUACUCUGCAACCUUUUGUCUUCUCUUUCUCUUCAUCACUGCCUCCUCUGUUCCCUCCAGCAAGCUUCAUCCUCCACGCUCCUGACUCUGGCACUUCGAUCUGAGGCAACCGGCUUCUUUUAUGCAGCAGCUGGAAGUACUUCCAAUGUCCCAAAGA